AUGGCUAAUACCUUCGAUCAUACAUCAUGUGUUGGCCCAAAGGCAUUUGUGAGCGAGUAUGUUGUGAGAGGAAAUGACGCUGGUUCUGGAAGUCUUUUAGGAGCUCUCGUUGAAGCUGGAUUCCUUAUUGGUGUAGAAAAGAACAGCGACGUUGUUGAAAUGGCGAGUUAUGCACCUUUGUUCGUGAACACUAACGAUAGGCGUUAUUGGAUGCAACAUUUCUUCAAAGAGUCAAAUGGUGCAACUCUUCUAAAGUCAACUCUCCAGUCAAGCUCAUCCAUAUCACUUGAGGCUUCUGCUAUUGUGUACCGAGACACAAAGGAUGAUAAAAACUACUUGAGACUAAAGGAUUACAAGAAAGCAUCUGAAGCUAAAGAUGCUGAGGUUCUUUCUGAAGCUAAGAAAAUAACUGGUGCCCCUGCUGAUACCGCAUCACCUUCUAAUAUGCAGGUAGCUGUAGGUGGAGGUGGAGUUUUCUUAAGGCAAGAUGUUAUUUUGCCUACUAAAAUUAAGCACAAGAUUAGGAAGUUAGAUCCGACUUUGGACAUGGAGGAUGAUGAAGGAGACAAUUACACACAUAUUCCAGUAAGAAACAACAAAUUUGGAUGA